AUGGUCUACAUCUGGUUUGACAGAUAUCUAUUGACCAAAGUAACCAGUACGCUACAAAGAGGAGGGGGCGUGGGACCAGAAAGCGAAGGAGGAACAAUUUCACUCCCACGCGACUCCAUCGUCAAUUCUCGACUUUAUUCUGUUCACUCCAGCAACCGAGAAAAAUCCCGCGACAUCACGACUACAAUCAACUUCAUCAAGGCCAAGGGCUCCCAAUUCUUCAAUGGAGAUGAUUCCGCUCAGUGUCUUGUCAUCACCAACAUCACCCCUGAGUGCGUCAAACAGCUUGAACGAAUUCGGACCGAAGAGAGAAACUUGGGAAGCCCGAAGCUCACAUACUUCGCUGAUGAGACCACCCUCAUCAUCAAAUUAGCGGGCACGGUGCAUGCGCAGCUCAGUCGAUUAUUUCAUGAUGAAUUCCGUCGCAUCUGCGCGGAUUAUGGCAUCUCCUCUUACAUGCUGAAGGCUUACGGAGGUGGAAACUGCGAGAUGCCAGGAAACGUGCACAAAGAGCCUGAUGAGUCCUACUCACCCGACACACGCUCUAGAACAGACUUUCCAUCUUUUGUGGUAGAAGUCGGGGCAUCGGAAUCCUUGAACCCUUUACGCCUUGACGCAAGGUUAUGGCUAUCGAAUACUAAUGACUUGACGCGUCUAGUCCUCCUGAUCAAGAUCGACAAAGAUGCCAAAACUCUGAUCUUCGAGCGGUGGGAGCGUGUGCAUCAACCCAGCCAACAGCCAGGAACGCGAACCCGUUCGCUGACUGAGAUCGUCCCAGGUCGCGUGGAAGAAGUUGUCGUGAAUUUCUCGAAUCCUAGCAACAUUACCGUUCGUGGAGCCCCAAUGCUCUUACCAAUUCACCUCAUAUUUGACAACCUUCCACCCCUGCCCCAGGGCGUGAGUGCGUAUCGACUCUUCUCAAUCUCCGCGAACAUUUUCCGUUCUAUCGCUGCCGAGUUCACUGAUCUUUGA